AUAGGUCAGCCGGUUCAGUAAAGGUGAUGUUUCGCGGUGGGAUGAUUGGAGCUACAAAAAAGCAAUUCAUUCAGUACUGGAGUUUUCAACUUUCAUCCGGUUGUUGAAUUUGCUUUUCUUUCAGUUUCAAGUUUGCUUUUUCAUCACGCAAUGACGUUAAUACAAACUCAGAAAUGAAUACUUGAAAGUUUGUCUGCGUCGGAAACGCCGGGGCGUUUAUAAAAACGGCGUGCGUCUCUUCUGAAUUGAAGUUUGAACUCAUCUUCAUACAGAGGCUACAGUGUCGACUCGGCUGAUCGGCUCCCUCAGUCACGGAUUCGCAAGUGUAUUCAGUGGGGUGAUCAGCUGUACGCACUGCAAUGGCCUCGGGAGAGUGGGAGAGCGUGCCCCCUAGUGACGAGGAGCCGGCGUCCACGCUGGACAGUCAGCUGGACAGGGAGCUGACACAGAUGGCUAUCAGCGAGAACGCCCUCUCUGUCGCUGGAGACCUGCCGGACACGCCGUGCCCUGUCCCGUUCCAUCACCAGGCAGAGAAGGAAGCUUCCACUGUGUGGGGCGGCGAGGGGAGGUUCACCGGGCACAUCCAAGCUCUCACUGGGUGGGAGCUGGAAAUGGCUGAAGAGGUGUACGCCUUCCUAAAAGAGGAGCUGCGGGAGCCUGGGUACACACCCUGGUCCAGUGAUGAUCCCCGCAGUCCCUCAGUGGAAGAGCCUGCGACCACAGUGCCCAGUCCCUCAGUGGAAGAGCCUGCGACCACAGUGCCCCCUGCCUGCCAGGGGGAGCCUCUGCAUUGCAGGGGUGAUGGGGAGGGAGAUGGGGUCACACAGACAGAGGAGAGAGAGGUGCAGACGGACUUCCAGACGGCAGAGACAGGAAUCAACACUGACCAGGUCACUGGGAAGUACAUGGAGGAAGUGAUGUCAGAGAGCCAGGUUCUGCGGGAGCGCUACCAGGAAGUGCUGGACAAGCAGACGCAGGCAGAGAAACAGCAGCAGCUGAAAACGAGGGUCCUGCAGGAACAGAGAGAGGAGAGACUCAGAGUCUACCAGAGGACCCUGGAGCAGGUGCAGGAGCUGAUAGGAAAGAGAGAUGAGAACCGCAAGAAGUUUGAGAAGGAAAAUAAGGAGUGCAGCCAGAAAGAACGAGAGAUGAAGAACGAGAUCGACAGACUGGAAGAGGAGGUGAAGAGGCUGCUGUGUAAACAAGAAGAGGAGGAGGUCCGAGUGGAAUUGCUGAUCGGAGAGCAAACUCUGGAGAGGGAGUGCUGGGAGAGAGAGCUGGCUGAGCUGCGCAGUCAGCUAACGGAACAGAAUCCCAGGAUCGAGGAGGAGACGAGGAGGGCGCUGAACACAGAGGUGGCGGUUCUGGAGUGCCAGAGAGAGAACAUGCUGGCUCAGACAGAGGAGUGGCUGACAGAGGCGGAGCAGCACCUGCAAAACCUGCGACUGGGUCCGGGUUCGAUAGACAACCUUCAGCAGAGACACGAGUGGGACACACAGAUCGGGCGAGUGCGCAUCGAGAUGGGCAACAUGCAGAACCAGUAUAACGGGCACAUUCAACUGGUGAGGAACGGGGCGAAACUGAAGAGCCUACCAAGCAUCCCAGUCCCAUCCCUGCCAGCUGUGCCAAUGGCUCUGCCGCCCCCUCCUGUCUUCCGGCCCCCGGUUCCCAUGGCGAUGCCAGGCGGAAUGCCCCAUUACUACAUGCCUCCGCCCGCGUUACGUCAGAGUGCUCCUCCUGUUUCCAUGGUGAUGCCCUUCACUGCACCACAGCACCCGCCCCCUGCCGCUGCCAUGCCGACACAGAGCAUUCCCACGGCGACAGUGACCUCACAGACACCAGCCCAACCUUCUGGCAUCCCAUCCCCCCUCCCCUCGAACCCUCAGCCAGCGAGCAGCAAACCGGCCGGCAAACUGGAGGUCCUGCUGGAGAAACUACAGAGCCGCUUCCCCCAGUGCACCAGGCCCCAGCUCACUUCGGUGCUCCAGCAGAUCAAGACGUCUCGAGGGACCAUGGCCGGCCUCUCUGUGGAGGAGCUCACCCAGCAGGUGGCACAGACACUGGCAGAGAGACAGAGACAGAGACAGUCUCUCGGCCCAAUUGGGCCUCCCUCCACCGGAACAGGACCUUUUCCUAUCUCUGUGCCCCAGGCUUAUCACCCUGCUCCACGGAUGCCUUCACUACCCGCAAGGCAGCCCACGGUGCCGCAGUCAGUGAACAGGAAGCUGUGUCUGAUGUGUCAGAACGUCGUGGAGCCUGGAAACCUGCACCCCAUGAGCUGCUCCCACACUGUACACAAAGAGUGUAUCAAGGUGUGGGUGCAAUCCAGCAAGAACAGCGGCUGUCCUUUCUGUCCCAGUGUGAAGUAGCUCCCUGGCGCUGUGGAGAGACCCCGGAUCCUCCUCAAGAUUCAUCUCCGCACAGGGUUUUUAUUUGUGUUUGUGGAUGAAGACAGUUCUCCCUUUGAGUGAGCUGUGCACACGUGCAAAGCACUGCUCUUUAUUUCACUGUGCUGGAAUCAAGCUGCCUUUCUGCAGGUCCAGAGUCAUUAAAAAAGCAAUGCAAACACAAGGGGGUCUGUCUGUCUGUCUGGCUGCCUCGUGCACGGGAGAGGGAAGAGGGGAGAGCGGACAGGAGCAGCUGCAGCCCCCCCGUACACCCGCGGUCUGAGCCAGGUUUAGUUCAGACCUCAGUUCGGGACUCAAAGGGGAAGCCUGCUGUUUUCUUGCAGCACUCUCUCAAGACGCUUUGUCAAACACUCAAUAAAGUUGAUUUUCCCAGG